CUCUCUCCAGCCGAGCGUGCCCUCGACACUAUGAACUUUGAGGUGAUUAAGGGCCGCCCUGUACGUAUCAUGUGGUCUCAGCGGGAUCCUUCUCUGCGUAAAUCGGGAGUGGGGAACAUUUUCAUCAAAAACCUGGAUGAGUCCAUUGACAACAAGGCUUUGUACGAUACCUUCUCUGCUUUCGGGAACAUUCUGUCCUGCAAGGUUGUCAGUGAUGAGAGCGGAUCAAAAGGAUAUGGUUUUGUACACUUUGAAACACAGGAGGCUGCUACCCAUGCAAUUGAGACGAUGAAUGGAAUGUUACUGAACGAUCGAAAAGUGUUUGUAGGUCACUUCAAAUCCCAUAAAGAACGAGAAGCUGAAUUUGGAAGUAAAGUUUUGGAAUACACCAACCUUUAUAUCAAGAAUUUUGGAGAAGAUAUGAAUACUGCCAGACUGAGAGAGAUCUUCAAUGCAUUCGGAAAGACGCUGAGUGUUCGGGUGAUGACAGAUGAGAGAGGUCGGUCCAAGGGAUUUGGCUUUGUUAACUUUGAAAAGCAUGAAGAUGCUCGCAAGGCAGUGGCUGAAAUGAACGGGAAAGAGAUCAAUAGUCGGGCUGUGUAUGUUGGCCGUGCUCAGAAGAAGACGGAGCGACAGAGCGAGCUGAAACAUAGGUUUGAGUUAAUGAAGCAAGAGAGAAACAGCCGUUAUCAGGGAGUGAACUUGUAUGUGAAGAAUCUGGAUGAUGGGAUUGAUGACGAGUGUUUGAGGAAGGAAUUCUCUCCAUAUGGAACAAUCACCAGUGCAAAGGUGAUGACUGAGGGAGGCCACAGCAAAGGCUUUGGGUUUGUCUGUUUCUCUUCACCCGAAGAAGCAACAAAAGCCGUCACAGAGAUGAAUGGGCGGAUUGUCAGCACCAAGCCCCUGUACGUAGCCUUGGCUCAGCGCAAGGAGGAACGCAAAGCACAUUUGACCAACCAGUACAUGCAGCGACUGGCGAACAUGCGAGCUAUACCCAACCCCUUGCUCAGCUCGUUUCAACACCUGGCACACUCUGGGUACUUUAUGCCAACUGUGCCGCAGGUUCAAAAUCGAACUCCAUAUUAUGCCUCAUCUCCAGUGACCCCAAUGCGACCUUCUCAACGUUGGGCAGGCCAGCCGAUUAGACCUCCGACCCCUUACCAGAGCAUGCUGCCCUCGGUCAGAGGGACUGCACCUCGACGAGUGGCCACAGCUAUCAGUACUGUCCGACAAGCAUCUACCCAGGUUCCCCAGCUCCCAUCCAACACGCAGAGAGUGGCCACUAUAGGGACUCAGACAGCUGGACCACGUACUGUCCUUUCUGGGCCCAUGGUGAGGGUACUGCCCCAGUACAAAUACACAUCUGGAGUCUGUAACACCCAGCACUCUCCCAGUGCACAGCAGGUGUCUGAGCCAGCCGUUCACGUUCAUGGUCAGAUGCCUCUCAGUGCCUCAGUGUUGGCUGCUGCAUUGCCACAGGAACAGAAACAGAUGCUGGGUGAGCGCCUAUAUCCGCUGAUCCAGGAAAUGCAUCCAACACUGGCUGGCAAAAUUACCGGAAUGCUACUGGAGAUCGAUAACUCGGAACUCCUGCACAUGUUAGAAUCACAAGACUCCCUUCGCUCCAAGGUGGAGGAAGCUGUUGCUGUGCUUCAGGCUCAUCAAGCUAAAGAUACAGUGCCGAAGAAAGGGAGCACAGCUGCCUGAACAGGAUGGACUUGAGCAGCUACAAGAGAACUGUUUCACAAAGCAAAGAUAUUUGUCGCAUGAUUAAACCUUGGGUGGGGGACAAACUGAAUAAGGAUCUGAUGUGGCCUGGAGAUAAUGUUCUCCAUUCACAUUCAAUUGUGCGCCAAGUUUGGCCUUUGUUGUGUCCUAUCCUGUAUUCGGUUUGUUGUCUUGGGCUGUAUUAAAGAACACUGAAACUGGAUUGUAGCUGCCUCAGCCUUUGUCAAGGGAACAAUAAAAGAUUCAAACAAA